GGGAAAUUGUGACUUGUUUUGUCAAAAACUCCUGCAAGCUCAAGCCGGCACCUCGAUCUUUGGUUUCUUUCAUUUUAUUCUCGCCCGAACUUGAUGUCUUGUAGCAACGAAUCAUGUCAACGGAACCGAGUGAGGAAUCUCAAUUACAAGAAUCAGCGUCGUUAGAUAGCUCAGUGGUUACACCAAAUAACCCAGCUAUUGAGCUCUCGCCUUCCGAGAUAAAUGGCGCCAAUUGUUCGGACAAAUAUGAUUUGAUCAAGCAGAGCAUCAAUCAAUCAAUUCCCCCGGAGGAGCAGAGAAUUUUAGACGAGAAUGAAGAUUAUCAAGCUAUGUUAAAGGCGGUGAAUGUUCUUCACUAUCAAUUGAAGCAAGCUAAAAAAGACGUGAAGGCAUUAAUAGAAAUGAAAGAAAAGGCUAUCUCAGAGCCAUUUGAAUUUGUAAAUAAGUUGAAAAGAAAGGUUAAACUGGAUAUACCUCCUCUACAAAAAGUGGUGUGCGUUCAAGAGGUGGAUUGGAGUCGUUUCCAAGUUCCACCUGAAGGACGAGUUGCUCGUCAACUUGCAAAUCUGGCUGGUUCAUCAGCGCGUAUAUCGCCUCAUGAAAGGAAGGCUCUAUUUAAGAACAUUUUGGAUAUGCCUUCGCCAAAUGUACGGAACUCACCUACCCCAAAUUCGUCUCACCAAAAGAUAACAUUGGAAAUAGAGAAGGCAGCUCGCGCGAUGGGAUCUGCUGGAACAACACAAUCGCGAGCAACCUCGGUAUCAGAUUUAUCUGACAAGGAUUCGGAUGAUGAGCCUUUGCUCAAAGGUCACAAAGGGAAGGGUAUAGGCAAGCGGCGGGCGUCAGCUGUAGGUUUGUCAAUGCGCCAUCUGCAAGAUCCGCCAUCACCAGCAGCAUCCACAACGUCUAAUCAGCUUAACGAUGAGCUAACACCAAAAUCACUAUUGGCAAGAGCAUCAUGGCUUGCGGAGUCAUCUCUCGACCAUAGUAAACGAAGGACUGGGUCUCCGGAAUCCAGCAGUCGAGCAUCAACUACAGCAGGAGACAGUGGUGAUGAUGAAUCGAAACAUGUGACACAUAAUCUACCUUGGUCGGACGAUGAACAGAAGCGCUUAGAGGAGUUGUUGCAAAUAUUUCCAGACGAACCUGUGCAGGCACAGCGAUUCAACAAAAUAUCGGCAGCACUCGGGACAAGAACGCCACGUCAAGUAGCUAGUCGUGUACAAAAGUAUUUUAUAAAAUUGGCCAAGAACGGCUUACCAGUUCCAGGGCGCAUCACAAUACCGCCUUCUAGUUUGCCUAAAACGCAAAGACCUAAUAUCAAGUCCAAGUCUGGAUCCGAUUUCAAAAAGCCUAGACCAAAGGUUAAGCUCGAGACAGAUUCGCCGAUCAGAACUUCAGGAACAAGCUAUAAUGUACACAUUCCUGGUGAGGUCGGAAGUGUUAGGGUUUCUGGGGCUCGUUACAUCACUGCGAAUCCCACGCCGUCUGUUAUGAUGACCGAUAAUGAUUUCGACGGUUCGUCUAUGGUGGGAUCUCUUGCAUAUUCAAACACUGCACAAGGUGGGUUCACGCAGCCCACCGUCAAUGAAAAAGGUGAAGCCAUUCAUUAUGGAUACGCGUGCGAUUCAUGCGGUGAUGAACCGAUAGUUGGGGUUCGAUACAAGUGCAUGGAAUGCGAUGUUAGCGAAGAAGUCGAUUUGUGCGAGAAAUGCCAUAGUAACGGCACUUUUACAAACGACCAUCAUCCAACCUCUCAUCAAUUUGAGGCAAUCACAAUCGCGGAUCCACUUCCAUACUACGCUGAUGAUGAUUAUGCUGGUGACAGUCAACUAGGAGAAUUCGACUACCUUGGAUAACAAAUUACCCCUUGCCACAGGAUAAACAUCAAAACGCCACCAUGUGUUGCCUGCAUUUUUUUCUAACGUUGGCACAUUCCUAAAAACGUGGAGGCACAGCAUGCAGCUUAUUGGCAACUUUCUUACAUGUUUCAAAAGGGUUAUUUUAUACACAGGAGAAAUUUUUGAUAACGGGAU